GUAUUUUCAUGUAAUUAUUAGAAAAGCUUUUAUGAAACCAGCUGUUUCAACGCAACGACUCUUUUUCAAAGACUCUUUUUCAAUGACAAUCUUCAUUUUUCACAGUAAAUCUUUGUUCCCUUGACAUCAACAUUAUUGUGUUGCUUAUUUAGGUCUAUUUAAAUUAUAUUUUAUUUCUCCGCGUCCUUCUGCCGCUUCAUAUAUAUCUGUCCUUAGUACGUUAAACAUUUGAUUUUACGUAAGCAGCUUGACGAGAGAUAUGACUUCAUCAACAAGGUAAAUAACCUGUUUUGCUCUGUUUUAGAAAACGUCUUGGUAGAGAAACAAUGUAGAUUGCGAAAAGUCUCUCUUUUUCUCGAAAAUCCGCGGGGCAGAACGCUGCGUGUUGCGCGCGUUUGGCCACCCUGUUGCGAAGUGUUGCGACAUAUUGUGUCUUGUUGGCUAAAGUUUGAAAACGGUCAAAUUUGAGCCAACAACACCCAACAUGUCGCAACACGUCGCAACAUGGUGGUCAAACGCGCGCAACAUGUAGCGUCCCACAAUGUUGCGAUAUGUUGCGUUGACAUGUUGCGAUCGUUUCGCUUGGGCUUAACUCUUGUUUUCAGUACUUUUUACUAGCUUUAUUUAGAAAUAACCUUAUUUUGCACCACACCCAGUUGACAAAUCAUCUCGUGUCACGAGACAGACGUUAAAAUGUUACGAUGUUUUUGAUUUAUCGUAUCACGACACUACUGGUCUUUAAACACCCCAAGUUUCAGGAAUUCCUCUUAAAUACCUUCCAAAGUAGAAAUGUUGGUGUGAAGUCAGUCGGUACAAAAGUAGACAUCUGAGAAAAAUUGCACUUAAAGUUUGUUACACGAUGGAUCAUUUGACAACACAGAAAUUCGUUAAGGGGCGGGGGGUACAGGUUGCAUCUCGGAGCAGAGGGGGGUUGUAAUGAUUGUUCUAUUUUGUAAAAUGUUACCGCAGUUGUAGGAAAUACUCCUUUCAUAAGGGAAAUGAAUGAGCCCGCGGUGAUGAUUCAGGCGACGCUUUUCACUAGUAAUUACAUCUAUCGAAUUGUCCAUGUCUUAACAGCAUUGCUACAAAGUACCGUUCAUUUAUGUCAAAACUUAUCUAUAUUUGGGGUCAUUUUAUGACUGAAAACGUCCGUUGCUAUGGCCGUUGCUCCAUAAAAAAUAUAUAUAUCACUGCGUGUUUUCCUUGAAUUUCAUACUCAUCUAGACGCAAAUUCGGCAAGAUCGUUUCAAAUGUUCUUACAAGUGUUCAAGAGUUUUAAAUCUUAUAUUUUCAAAACUUGAAUUUUUCUUGAACAUCGUCAUAUUUUAGGGUACCAUUCCACCUCAGAGGAGCUACAGGUACUUCACCACAAAAAUUGGCAUCUUAAAAAAAAAUGGACCUACUUUUUCAAGUUUGUCUUUACCAUGUUGGCCUGAGAAAGGGAAGAUGCAAAAUACCGGCAUCACUAUUAUUACUGCAAUAAACCACCCACCUUCCUUUCAGACAAUGUGUAACUAUUUCAAACACUCUCUAUCGCGCCCAGGGUGGAAAUCUUACCCCCUAUAUCUAGAUUUUGCCUUGCAUUGGUAAUCUUUGAUUCUAUUCCGAAUGAAAAUGAUUUACUGUUUUCGUUUCAGUUGUCGUGGUAAUGGUAUAUUGCUCCGUGUCUUGUUUAUUUGCGCCCUCGGUGCGUUCCUUAUCAUAUGUGCGGAGCUGACAAUUUUGGUGCAUAUGCAUCAGCAACAAUAUAAAGAUGAACCGAAAGUGAAAACUUGGUCACACACUUGCGUAGAAACUGGCAUUUCAGUACUAAAUGAUCAACAAGAGUUAAAGUCUACAGUGAAAUCAUUGGCCGAGAGAACGAAAAGGUUGAACGUAAUUAUUUUGACCCACAUGAGUUCUGGCUCGUCUUUUUCUGGGAACAUAUUUAAUCUGCAUCCAGAUGUCUUCUACCUUUACGAGCCACUCCAUGAUCUAAGAAGAGUUGUCUAUGAAGACGAGUGGCAACCGUUAGAUGACCAGACAAACAAGGCGUACACAGUUCACUUUGCAAGUCUGCUUCGUGAUCUUUUCACAUGCACGUUUAGAGAAGAGACCACCUUGGCAAGAAUUUUUCCUCCAUUUCUGAGGGACCCAAAGCGCCUCGCCUUCAUGUACUGGCGGCUGUUGCGUCCAGAGUUAACAAAUGAAGUAGUGAGAGAAGCUUGCACCGCGAAGAAACUAACGGUGGCAAAAAUCAUGCAAACUAGGCUGCCAAGGGAAAUUGGAAUUCAGGAACUUAAGCGGUUCUGUAGCUCUGAUCCUAAUCAGUUCGAUUGCCUGAUCAUUCAUCUAGUGAGGGACCCUCGAGCAGUUCUUUCGUCCUUAUUGAGGCGUAAAUUUUUUAUCAAGGAUUCCAGAAGGCAACUGUUUGACUCAAAGAAUUUAACAGCAGAAGCAACUGAAAUCAUAAAGCAAAACUCGCAGUUGAUAUGUUCCCAAGUUGUGGAUAAUUUAAACUAUGUAAAGGAGGUUUGGCCAAGUUGGUUCCAAGGGCGGUACAAGCUCGUUCGUUAUGAAGACAUUGUUACCAAUGCUUUGAACAUGAUGGAAGACAUGUACAAUUUUGUUGGUAUCCCCAAGGUGGAUUCCAUUAAUAAGUGGAUUGUGGAAGGAAAAACUCUCGUAAACACGACCAGAACGCAAUUUUCCGAGAACGACGCAAGCAGGAUGGAUCACUGGAGAUUUGACCAAGAUCCCUCGCUAGUGUCUUUGUUCGAAGAGGCCUGUAUCCCACUGAUGAAACUAAUGGGGUACAUUUCGGUUUAUGACUCUGGUCAGAUAAACAAUAGCAAGCCGCUGAUAGCUAAGGAAAUACCAUUAUUGAAAGAACUGUCAACCAACUAAAGUACAACGAAAAAGAGAAUCCUUCAAGUAGGGAGGCCGCUACUUUCCUAGAAACGACAAUCGUGUUAACCAAACUGAAGGGUCCUUUAAAAGCUAUUUAAUUUUGCUGAAUGCUUAAACUAAAAUGGGUGAGGAAGAUACAAUAGUUAUGUUAUGGGGAAAGAUAAUUGUUUGUUUUUUUUAGAUAAUUAUGCUGUAAGAAUGAAAACUUUUUUAAGAAUUUCUUCUUUCACAUAUGUUGUUUGCCACGUUUCUUUCGUCUUUUCCGGUUGGCAUUUUUAACUAUGUUAAGUAUAU